UCUGAUGUCUGUAAAAUUUGGACUUCAGUUGAAAAACAUUUCCCGCACUUCAGGACAGAAUACGGCUUCUCCUGUCCCUGUGUGAGAUCUCUGGUUGUUUGUGAAGGACUGGACUUCUGUGAAAAAACCCAUUUCUUGCUACUCAGGACAGGAAUACGGCUUCUCCCCCGUGAGUUCUCUGAUGUAUGUAAAGAUCGAACUUCUGUGAAAAACAUUUCCGCACCUCAGGACCUGAAAAGCAUCUUCCCGCACACAGUACAAGAAUAUGGCAUCUCCCCGUGUGAGUUCUUUUUUAUGCACAAUUAAAGUUUGGAUUUACAAUGGUAACAUUUCCCGCACUCAGGACAGGAAUACGGCUUUUCUCCC